GAUAAUGUUUUGAGGUUAGAUAUAAAUUACCAGCAGUUUUCAACACUGAACACAAAAAUAAUCAAUAAAAUAUCAGUACAGCCAACACAUAACGUUGUGGAAAUGUCAAAAAUUGUAAACAAUCACAUUAUUUAAACUUUUUGAUUAGACAAAAUCCGAAAUGUUUUCAAAUGUUACAGCUUUGGAUUUUCCAACGAUAUGUCGACUCUGUUUAAAAAAGGAAUAUUCGAAAGCCAUAUUUGAAGUACCUGAGUACCUAACAUUGAUUCAGAACAUAACUAAUUUAAAGGUUCAAGAAAAUGAUGGCUUUCCAAAACAUAUAUGCCAGCAUUGUUUAAACAAACUAAGAGAUAUUUCUGAAUUUGUUCAAAUGUGCAUCGGAAACAAUGAUAUUUUACUACAUAUACAUGAAAAUAACAAAAUUAAGAGUGAGUUACUAGAAACAACAUUAAAUGUUACUGGAUUGUUAGUUGAAAAUGGAAAUGAUAGUGAUGUAUCACUGAAAUCAGAACUGUAUUAUCCUGAUCAAGUCUAUUCGGAUUCAGAAAAUGAAGAACCUAAGCCAAAAAAGGUUACCUGUAAAUCAUGCCAAACAUCAUUUAACUCUUGGUAUAAUCUACAAGUACACCAAAAGAAAGGAUGCCCAAUGUUUGAUGUUAAAAAAGUUGAAUAUAUAUGCCUCAUAUGUGAUUGGGUGGGUGAUACAAAGUCUGCGCUAAGAAACCAUGAGAGGAAGGAGCAUACAGAGAUUGUGGAGGUUUCCGCAGGUCUAACUAAAAAGAAGUGGAAAUGUGCUAUAUGUUGCAAAUUAUUUACUAAAAAAAUUGAUCUACAAAGACAUAGGAGGGUACAUACAGGCUUAAGACCGUUCAUUUGCAAACUUUGUGAGAAGGGCUUUACACAAAAGAGCACACUCGAGAGGCACAUGAGUUCUCUACAUUCUAAUCAAGAAGAAAAAUACAAUUUUGAGUGUUAUAUUUGUGAAAGAAAGUUUGUGAGAAAGGAUCAUUUAGAGGCACACAUGCACAAUGUGCAUAUCAAAAGACAGAAUGAUGAACCACUGGAAAUUGAAUAUUAUACGAGCUCUAAAAGUUGUAAAUUGUGCUCCAAAUCUUUCAGUAUAUUUUCUUAUUUACACAACCAUCUUAUGAUAGUGCAUGAAGAGACAAAACCCCCCAAACCAAAACCUAGAGAAAAGAAAAUAAAAUUCGAACACUCCUCAAAUCUGUGUAGUAUUUGUGGAAAAUCUUUCGAAAAGAGAAAAACUUACCAGAUGCACAUGAAUAGAAAACAUUCAGAGAAGAAAUAUGAACAGAAACCUAGAAAAGUUGUAGCUAAAAGAGAUAAAUUUCAGUGUUGGCAUUGUGGGAAGAUAUUUACCACUCAGUCUAAUCUUACAGUACAUAUCCGCAUUCAUACUGGAGAAAAACCAUAUCAAUGUGGAUUUUGUGCUCAAAAAUUUGCUGCUUAUUCCAGUUGGCAUGAACAUGAAAAUAUUCACACUGGAAAAAAACCUUUCCAAUGUGUGCACUGCAAGAAAGCUUUUAAACAAAGAGGAUCAUUGAGAAAACACAUGAGGUCAUCCGUACAUAGAAAACCAGUGGAAGAAAUGAUAUCACCAGAACUUCAUAAUAUGGUACAAAUAACUUCACUUUAAAAUAAUGUAAAAGAGGAUCUGUUAGAGUGAAUAGUGAAGAAGUAUGGAAUAGUGAUUUUUAUUACUAGUAGCACAACAAUAUUUUAAUAUGUUUAUAUGAGGCAGUAAUUUUAAAUUUAUAAUCUUACUUUUUAAGGCUGUACUUAAUAGUAAGUACUUCAAUUUAUGAUAUGAAUAGUAUUUACAAUUAAAAUUAAUUUUUAUUUUAUUUAGACUGCAUAAAAACUACCACUGUAAGAAUUGUAUAGCAAGGAAUAAACCUGAGGUUUUAUGUAUAUACCUACUUAACAAUUUUUAGAAGUAUUAUUUUUGGACACAAAUUUUAUAGCAGUAAUAUUUUAAAUUUUUAUUAUGAAUUGUGAUUAUUGAUAAUAUAUUUUAUAUUUAUUGUAUAAAAUUAUUUAUUAUUUGUGUGUGUAUGAUUGUAGGAAUUGAUUAAUAAACAUAAAUUAAUA